GGAUGCCAUGGAAGAGGCUCUGGCGUAUUUUGAGAGACAGAGACUUUCUAUCAACCAAGAUGCUCUUUCACGGCUAAAGUUGCUCAAUAAGUCCCUGCCUCAGUCCAAAUGUGUGGAAAGUUGUCAUCCUGGAUUUGUCAAGAGGGCUCGAGAAGGAGAGCCAGUUUGCUGCUACGACUGCGUUCCUUGUCCGGAGGGGACCUUCUCCACUCAGGAAGGUGGGUCACACUGAGGAAAAUGGGAGGCUUUCUGG